GUGACUCACGUCUCAAAAAAACACGAGGCAGUAAUCUCAACUUAUUUUUCUGCAAGCUAACCUAAAAUUGCUAACACGUACAUUAUGCCUAAUGGAGAGCCAACCUGGUCUUGUGUAACCGACUUUCAGUAGCUUGCUUCUAACGGUUCACAAUGACACCAGAUUCAGCCGCUGGAUAGGCUGCUGUCAUACAAUGUCACACGGUGGAAUGAAGCAAAGGUCAACACUUUCUCUUACAAGCAAGCAGCAUUUUAACUGCCAUUUCAUCACCCUGCAGGAUGUUUUGUUUUCUUCAGUUUAGUCCUGUCUGACUCAGAGCAGCAGAAGAGUUGGGAGGAAAGUUUUUACAUUUUGCUCAAUCAUUCCAAACUGAAAGUCAGUAGCUUUUCUCCUGCAAACAAAUCCUCACAUGGUGAUCUGACAGAGCAGAAACAUUGCACUCUGCUUCAGAGUGACCACGAACCAGCUGCCACAAUGGCAGCAGAUGACACUGCAGGAAGUGGGGACAGAUCCGAGGGGGAGAAGGAGAUGAAUCUUGAAGUGACUCCAUCUGAGGACGCUGAGGCACAUGAAGACGGAGAUGCAGAGAUGGCCGUCUCUGCUCCGGAGACCCAGUCUCCCUCUGAGGAGCCCCCAGAGGAUGUCGGCGAGGCUAGAAAGUGGAAAUGGGCUGUAAUAUUCUUGUGUUUCUAUGGGUUUAUGUCAUCUAUUAAGCCCGGGGAGGCUUUCAUUACGCCGUAUCUGCUGAGCUUUGAGAAGAACUUCACCAGGGAGCAGGUGACCAAUGAGAUCACUCCUGUGCUGACGUACUCCUACAUGGCCGUGCUGGUGCCAGCCUUCCUGUUAACAGAUCUCCUGCGCUACAAGCCAGUCCUGAUCAUCCAGGCCGUCAGUCAGGUGGUCAUCUGGGUCAUUCUGCUCCUCGGUGACACGCUACUUCAGAUGCAGCUCAUGGAGUUUUUCUACGGCAUUUACAUGGCCUGCCGUGUGGCCUACUCCUCCUACAUCUUCUCUCUGGUCAACCCGGUCCUCUACCAGCGCGUGGCAGGCUAUUCGCGCUCCUCAGUCCUUUUUGGGGUCUUCACCAGUUCUGUGCUGGGUCAGCUGUGCCUGUCUUUAGGCAACAUCACCUUCUACACCCUCAGCGCCAUCUCUUUGGGUUUUGUUAGCUUUGUUCUGCUGCUCGCUCUGUGCCUGCCGUGGCCUAAGCGCUCCUUGUUUUUCAAUCGAACGAAGAAUCAGGAGGAAAAAAAAGAUCCCGCUACCAAAUCAGAACUGGACAAGAUGAACCCGAAAGAGGGUGCACCGUCCACAGGAUCCCGCUGGAAGAAUUCUGUUUUUCUGCAGAUGCUGCUGGAGGUUAAAAACGUGCUGAGCAGGCCCAACCUGAGGCUCUGGUCCUUGUGGUGGGUGUUCAACUCCACCGGCUACUACCUGGUGCUGUUCUACGUCCACAUCCUGUGGAACAAAGUCUACCCCCCCACAGAGAACAAGAACGUUUACAACGGGGGCGUGGAGGCAGCUUCAACACUACUGAGUGCAGUAGCUUCCUUUGUGGCAGGUUUUGUCAAAAUUCGGUGGAACGUGUGGUCGGAGCUGGUCAUCGGGGUUAUCACGGCGGUGCAGGCGGGUCUGCUGCUCGUCAUGGGAACCACAGACAACAUUUGGGUCUGCUACGUCUCUUACGUCCUCUUCAGAAGCUUCUAUCAGUUCCUGGUGCCUGUUGCUACUUUUCAGAUCGCCUCGUCGCUCACUAAGGAGCUGUGCGCCCUGGUGUUUGGCGUCAACACCUUCCUGGGGACGAUACUGAAGAGCAUCAUCAGCCUGAUAGUCUCAGACAAAAGAGGCCUGGCGCUGGAUGUGCAGUCUCAGUUUCUGGUGUACUUUGUUUAUUUUGCCUUCCUUACGGUCGUCUAUUUGAUCUGCGCUGCUGUGGUCAUCAUCCGUCACUUCAGAAACCAGUCCAGGGGAGAAGCCACGGCCAGCGACCGGGCCACAGAGCUCAGCCUGGUGGCUGCAAACUCAGAGGCAGAACCUUUGUCUAAUGGCAAAAGUGCCAAAGCUUAAUCACAAGGAGCAUGCUGUCAGCAUCUCAUGUUAUCUUGAUCCCAAGCUCUUCACUCUCAGCAGGAUUAGUCGUUUUCAAGUCUCUGACUCUGUCGGAGAUGCUCAGUGUUAAGUGCCUCGUCUGUGAUGUAAAGCUCCUGCACAGCAGAGUUUUUAUUUAAUGAUCAGACAAAAAAAAGGAGGAAAAUCUGUUUUAUUUCAUGCAAAGUGCUCAGCAGCACUGUGCUUUAGUAAAGCUGAAAAACAAAACCGCUAAAAAAGAGAGGGACCUUAAAUGUCUUGGGCAGUUUUUUUUAAUAUUUCAGACCGAAGAACUUUUCUUAUGCACAUUAAUUUAGACAGGUGUGGUUGUUUUAAACACUCCUGUUGUACUUAAUGUUACAAUUGCUGUGUUGAUCCAGUUUGCAAAAGAUCUGACCUCUUUAGUGUGAUCACAUUGAGAUAAUCAUGAAUGAUAAAUAUGUUUAUAUAAAAUGCAGAUUUUUAUGCACUUCAUUUAGUAUUUUAAUUUUUUAAUUUAACUAAAAUUUAACUUUUUAAUCUUUGCUGUAUUUUUUAAACCUUUUUUUCUUUUGUAUUGUAGAAAAAGCACAACAAAGACACUUGUAAUCUGUUUGAUACCUUGGAAUAAGAUUUGAAUAAUUUUGAGAAAUAAUUUCUACAUUUUUACACUCAAUUUCCUACCAAGUGUUCAAUUUUAGUACCUCAGUUAAUAAUCUAGCAGCUUGUUAGUAUGAGGCAGCAAAGAGGAUGGCUAAUCUCACAUUAACAUGAACAGGGUUGGUCCUGUAGAGGACAGAGGAAUGCAGUGUUACUAAACCCAACCACAGGAACUACAGUGAAGAUAAGGAAAUGUUUUUCACUGCUGAUUAGUUGUCAUGUUAGCUCCGUUUUCAGUAGGAUUUUACUCAUUUUCACAAUGUACUCACUAUUUGUUUUAUUUUGAUUUAAAUGAUUCCUGAGAGAAGACUGUGAGCCUGUCUGAAUGCUGUA